UUGAAUUAAUCAUACAAUAACCUUAUUAUAAUUGAAAAUAUUUAAAAGAGAUGUAAGCAGUGCCAAAAGCUCUUGUACCAAACUACUUAUCCCCUCUCUAACUAACAAUGAAAAACGCGGGAUUUGUAGGUACAGUAAAGCAGUGUUAUUUAUUUCGGCAUAAUAGUUAAAUUAAUUGUACAGAUGUGAUCUUUUAACUGUUCUACUCAAAGUAUAAUGUAUCUGUUCGCAUUUACGUGAUUUUCUUAAAAUCAGAACUCGUUCAAGUGCUUAUUUUCGAGGAAUUAUUAAAAUUUCAACCUCUUCGCUUACAUCUCCUUCAAUUAUCUAAUUAAAGAGGACUGGCAUUUUUAGUUUGUUUGUGUUGUAAAUCUUUGGUCACUGUAUUAACAAAAAUGACUAAUCGUAGCAAGUUAAUACGUCGACCAUUUACGGUAUGCAUAGAAGGAAAUAUAGGAAGUGGUAAAACAACAUUCAUAAGUCAUUUUAAAAAAUUAAAUAAUACAACAGUUCUACAAGAACCUGUGGAACUUUGGCAGGAUGUAGGUGGAACUAACUUACUAGAAUUAUUAUACACAGAGCCUGCACGUUAUUCUUUCUUAUUUCAAUCCUAUGUGCAAUUAACAAUGUUACAACUUCAUACGUACAAAACUCCGUUUCCAUAUAAAAUUAUGGAGAGGUCUGUAUACAGUGGAAUGUGUUUUGUAGAACAUAUGAAACGUACAAAGAUGAUGAGCAAUGUAGAAGUUAUGGUUUUGCAAGAUUGGUACGAUUGGUGUAUAAAAAAUGCUAAUAUAGAAACAGAUUUAAUAGGUAAUACAUAUUUAUGCUUUCGCGGAACAGAUGCAAAAUACUGCUCCGUACUAUUAACCAACUACUACCUUUAUUUGAAAACAGUUUAUUUAAGAACAUCUCCAGAAAUUGUGCACCAAAGGAUGAAGAAAAGAGCAAGAAAGGAAGAAACUGCUGUAUCCUUGGAAUACUUGAAGCAAAUACAUAGCAUUCACGACGAAUGGCUUUAUCAUAAGACAUUAUUUAAUGUAUCAGCACCAGUUUUAGUCCUGGAUGGAAACAAAAAUCUUGAAGAGAUGUUGGAUGAAUUUGAAAAUUGUAAGAAUCAUAUUUUUAAAAAGAAAGUAGACAUAAAACAAGAAGAAAACACCAUUGAUCUACUACCAUAGAGAAGACAUUUUUUGUCAGAAUUUAAGGCAUGUCCGAUCGACAAGUGCAAUGGCAAUGUAAGAGAGUUCGGUCUUCAAUUUAUAUUGAAUUCUAAAUAUAAUAUUAAUUAAAUUUUAUACGUAUAUUAAAAAAGAAAGUGUAUGUAAAUAUAGUAAGAUAAAAAUAUCCAAACAUGUAGUUUAAAUUUUUCAGGUAACUGUAAAUACUAUUUUUAUUUUUAUUAUAUAACGAAAAUGUAUAAAAACU